AUGAUAAUAUGCUCAUGGAAUGUGAGGGGGCUUAAUUCUCCUUCAAAGGUGGUAGAGGUGAGGAGGUUUUUGCAGAAGAAUAAUGUAGAUGUUGUAGCUUUGGUGGAAACUAGGGUAAGAGAAAAUAAUGUCAAGAAAGUUCAGACUAAGCUUGGAGGUGAGUGCAAGUGGGAAAUGAACUACUCCUACUCUCCUAAAGGGAGAAUUUGGGUUGGUUGGGGACAUAGUUUGAUUACUUAUCAGGUUGUGAAUAAAACAGAUCAGUUUAUUCAUGGAGUCAUAUGCACUAAGACUGGCUUAACAAAUUUUGAAUUUACUGCUCUCUAUGGUCUACACACUAUAGAUCAUAGAAAGUCAUUAUGGGUUUAUUUGGUUAACACUGCAGGCACUGUGAGCAAGCCUUGGCUUCUUAUGAUGGAUUUCAAUUCUGUUUUAUAUUCUGGGGACAUGAUUAAUGGUAAUCAAGUUCAAGAUAGUGAAACAAGGGACUUUGAGGGGUGUAUUGAUACUGCUGGUUUGACUGAACUGAAGAGUUGUGGCCACUACUUCUCCUGGAGUAAUAAAGGGCAAGGACUUUCUGACCAUUCUCCUCUUGUUCUCACUUGUAAUUUGGAGGAUCAUUCUAAAGGGAGGCCUUUUAGGUUCUUCAACUAUAUGGCUGAUCACCCUAGCUUUAAUCAAGUGGUUCAAGAUGGCUGGAAGGUUAAUAUUCAGGGCACUGCAAUGCACCAGGUGUGGCAAAAGUUGAAAUGUGUUAAGAAGGGUUUGAAAACAUUACACAAGAAGGAGUUUGCAAGACUUGAGGAAAGAAUUGACACUAUUAGAACUGAUCUAGAUGGCAUCCAACUCCAGCUGGCUGCUAGUCCCACUGACACUGAGUUACAGGUGAAUGAAAAAAGGCAGACAGAGUUGCAUAAAAAAGUUUCUAGGGAUUCAGGAAAGUGCAUAAAGACAAAAAUCAAGAAUUCAGUGGUUGAAAAUAGGAAACUGGUUACUACAGAGGAAAUUCAGAAAGAAAUUUGUGACUUCUAUAAGGAGCUUGUUGGGUCUGCCUCAGAUAAUCUUGUUGGAAUUGAUCUGGAUGUUGUUAGGAAAGGGAGCCAAUUGACUGCUGAUGCUGCUCAAGGUCUAGUAGUUCCAGUUACUAAUGAUGAGAUUGAUGUUGCCUUAGCUGUUAAAGAUGAUAUUUAUGCAGCUGUGAAGGAAUUCUUUGACACUGGCAAAAUGCUGAGGCAAGUCAACAACACUUCAGUGACCUUGAUUCCUAAGAUUCAGAAUGCUACAACAAGAAUGCAGGGUGUGAUUGGUGAUAUGAUAAGCAAUGCUCAAUCAGGGUUCAUCCCUGGUAGGAACAUUUCAGAUAAUAUUUUGUUGGCCUCAGAGCUAGUCAAAUGCUACUCUAGAAAGUACAUCUCUCCUAGAUGUAUGAUCAAAGUGGAUUUAAAGAAGGCCUAUGACUCUAUUGAGUGGCCUUUUCUCAAACAGAUGCUGCAAGAGUUGGGUUUUCUUAGUAAGUUUGUCCACUAG